ACCUCUAUAUAUGCUAAAAUAAAACUUAGAUGUCUGUGAUAAUACUCAGUAACAUUAUCUACAAAUAAAAAAAAUAAUAAUUCAAAGAAAUUCAAACUAACCUCCGAACAAAAAAAAUCUAGGUAUUUUCAAAACUUUAUUGAACGCUUUUACACCAUGCAGCCAGGUGCUUGCUGGACAUGUUAGGGCAAGCAGAAUUUAAGAAAGGUAAGAAUAUUUGGCUAAACAAGCAGUUUAUUUUUUUAAUCUCAGUACAUGUUUCUACGAGUUAAAAAUCCAGCUUCAAAAUGUCAAACAGUACAUUCUGAACCGAGUUCAGAAAUUUUUUUGUGGGAUAGAAUACAUCUCACUUGCUACCAGAGUAAACAGGGGGCAGCUGAUAGGCCCGGCUGAAUUAUAAUUAUGGACUCUAGCCACGGUGUCUUUGGAAUAUAUAUAUAUAUAUAUAUAUAUAUAUAUAUAUAUAUAUAUAUAUAUUCACAUAUACCUUUGUAUUCAGAACAGUAAUCAUCAGUUCAGAGCAGACACCACUCAGCUUUUAAUAUUGCUUUGGAAGAAAAAAAAAGCUGAGAAAAACCGAACUACAAAAUGGUCUGAAGGCCUGUAAAGUUUCCUAAUGAGUUAUGAAAAUGGAAAAACCUCUUUCCUUCAAAACCACAAAUACAUUUUCUGUACAACUAUAACUUAAAAAUGACCAACAUAAUUCAAACCACAUUUUGAAGAAAGCAUUUGCCUCUGGAGGAGACUUUCUGUGCUGAGUUUCAGUCCAACAUGAAUUUUUACAUCUGAUUUAUAUACCACUCAGGGUGGAGUGUAUAAGGAAAUCCUGACAGAUCCUCGGAACAGCAUGUGCCAUAAUAGAAUAUUUAUACAGCUUUUCCAUGAUAUAAUUUAUAUGCAAUGGGCUUUCAAAUAUUCCUAAAACUCACACAAGAGAGCAUUAUCAAAUUUCUAAAUGAGUAGUGCAGUUGGAUUUCAUUGGGAAAGAUUUGGUUGGGAAUAAAGAAGGAUCCCUCAUUAGGAUUAUUUUACAAAAUGCAACCAAGGUUAAAAUAAACUAAUCGUCAUUUGAUAAAAGGUAAUAGCUUCAAAAUAUCCUUCCCAUAAACAAAAGAGUUGUAAGGUCUAUUACAACAAUUCUACACUCCCUACACUGUUUGAUUUGGCGACAUUUCUUUCAUGAGAUAACAUAAACAAAAAUAUGCAUGAAUUUGUGUUUCUUACCUUCAGGUAGAUUAAGAAUAAAGAGUGUGCAAAACAAGUCAGAGUUAAAAUGAAAAUUAGGAUGACCUAGUGAGCAGAGUAACAAAUAACUUCAAUCACUCUUAAUAUGAAUGCUAAUUUGCUCUCGGUGUCUGUGAGACUGUGUCAAUAAUCCCUUCUGAUAAGUAUAGGGCAAACUGCAUGCACACGUAUGGUGAGGCAAGAUUCCUCUUAUGCCAAUCUCCCACACAGGCUAGAUAUUUCCAAUAUAGACAUUUUUCUCAGGUUAGAGAUUCUAAAUGUCAUUUUUGGUAUAGUGUCUCUGUUUUCACUCGAGGCUUAUUAUUCCAUGUGAUCUGAAGUAUCUAGAGAGAAAGAAAAUCAGAGCUAGUUACUAAUAGGCAUGGGACUGCAAGUGACUCAGAGUAUCUAAUAUCAGCGAAAGGCAUGCCUCGUGAUGUAUUUGUUCAGUGUCCCCACACAUGCGGCAAUCAGCAGUAAAGAAGAACCAUUGCUAACACCAGAAGAAAAUAAGCUUGGGACUUUGAAGUUCACAGAGUCCUACAUCCCAACCAUUAUUUGUUCUCAUGAGGACAGGGAUGACUUGGGAGCCAAUUAUCAACAUGUAAAAGACAUCGACAAGAAGCAUGAUGAACAUAAUGAAAAGGAAUUAGACUUGAUGAUAAACCAACGGUUAAUAACUUCCCAUGACGAAAAGAAUACAUUUUCAACAGAUGCAGUCAACUCCACAAAUAAAGCUGAGGGGUCAGAGAAGAAACAAGCUCGCCAUGAAAUCCACACUGACUUGUGCAGAGGGCCUUUGUCUCCGAGUUUAUCAGCAGAAAGUUCUUUAAAGAGAGAUUUCUACCACAGCAGAAAUUAUUCCCCAGGAAAUGAGCAUGGUCAUCCACCUUCAGAGGAAAUUAUUUCGGAUGUGGGAGCGAUAGGGUCACCACUGGGAGAUACUAGUUCUGAUGAGUUAAUGCAACUGAAAGUCUGCAGCAAAGAAGACGUAGACGAUAAUGCCAACCCAGCCCACGGGAGUGGCAGAUUGUGUUCUUCCUCUGAUCAACUAAGGGCAGGUGGUCUUGAGAAUAAUGAAGCAGGAAUCAAGAAAACUGGAAUAAAAGAUUACAAAUAUUCACACGGAGAUUCUUAUUUAGAGGCAUCCACAAGUUUGAGAGAAUCAAAUGCGUCUUACAAAGAUGAGUACGACAAAGUGGAUGAUAAAAGGGAGAAGAAAACAUGCUUAGGUGUUAAUGAAAACCCAGGCAAGAAUUUUCAAUCAAUAUUCCAGAACCAAGAGAGACAAAUGGGGUGUGCAAAAAUAAGCGGUGAAGGGGCUAAUGCUAAUAACCAAGACUUGACCACUCUACUGAGCAAAGAUACCACAACUAACACCUGGGCGGUAACCGUCGAUCCCUCUCCUUCAACAAAUACAAACGUGAAUUGGAGAGAAGCCGGAAAUGGUACCGAUUUAGAACGAAGAACUACUGAUCUUGGUUCUCCAAGGAAUUUCAGUCUCCUGACUGAUGGUUAUCUUUUUCAAGCUGACAGGGAAAAAUCCGACUCUAGUAAUUCUGAAGAUCGGAAUAUGAACCCACAGCACAAAAAAAAUUGGAACGUUCUGGAAAGCCAGCCAGAAACAAGAGAGACUGAAACAAAUAUAACCAAGCAUACCAAAGAACAGGCAGAGUACAAAGACACGUGGGGAAAAAGAGAUAACAGUAGGAAUCUGAAAGCUACUUCUACAGAGCAAUUGUUUACGUGCCAAGAAACAGAAUGCUGUGAACUGUCUUCUCUAGCUGAUCAUGGUAUCACUGAGAAAGCACAAGCAGUUGCAGCUUAUAUAAUUAAGACAACAUUAGAAAGUACUCCAGAAAGCGCGUCUGCUAGAGGAAAAGCAAUAAUUGCUAAGCUACCUCAAGAGACAGCACGACAUGACAGGCCCAUCGAGGUAAAAGAAACAGCGUUUGAUCCACAUGAAGGGCGGAAGGAUGAUUCACAUUAUUCCCUUUGUCAUGGAGAUACAGCAGGUGUAAUCCAUGACAAUGAUUUUGAAAGGGAGUCACAUUUAGAUAUUUGUAAUGUACGUGUAGAUGAAAUGGAGAAGGAGAAAACCACAUCUACGUGCUCUCCUAGGAAGACAUAUGACAAGGAGAAACAUGGAAUUGGAAGUGUAACAUCUAUAGACGAACCUUCACAGGUCAUUACAGGCAAUCAAAAAGCUACGUCAAAACUGGAUUUACAUUUGGGAGUGUUACCAACAGACAGAGCAAUACUCUCGGCAAACGCAGAUCUUGAGCUGCUUCAAGAAUUAUCAAGGAGAACAGACUUCAAUGCUGUUCACUCUGCAUUUAACUCAGACCCUGGCAGCGCUUCUCAGGACAGCUCUCAAGUUUACAGACGCUGCUCUAAAAAACCAGUACCUUCUUAUGGUGAACAGAAAGCAGUUAUUAACACAACACUCCAGUCUGUUCCUACGAAAUCAGAAUAUAAUUGUCACCCAGAAAGUGAGAUCUUCGGUCAUGCCACGUCUAAACCGGAAGUUGUUUUCAAAAGUUCAGAAAUAAUAAAAUCAGGUAGUGGAGGAGAGCAAGGAGUGGGUCCGAUUCUCCAACAAAAAGAAGGUAGUUUGGAAAAAUCCCAAGACCCGAUGAUUUCAAUCAACGAGCCUCUUGAGAAUCUGGAUGAAGUACGUUCUGAAAAUGAAGGGUUAAUGCGUUCUGGUCAGUUACAGUGUUAUUUGGGUGACAAGGGAUCAGUGAGUUCUGCUUCUGCUACUGUCCCUACCCAGGAACUCCAAGCUCAAGGCAGCGAGUCUCUGCUUUCAAUAUCCAUCAACUCUAAAAUACCUUAUUUCCUUUUGUUUCUAAUAUUUCUUGCAACUGUCUACUACUAUGACCUAAUGAUAGGCUUGGCAUUCUAUCUUUUUUCCUUGUACUGGUUGUACUGGGAAGGGGGGAGGCAAAGAGAGUCUGUCAAGAAAAAGUGAGCUUGGCACAGUUGCUAGUCUCUCUUGAAGGAUAAGCUAUUUAGUCCCAAACAUUUGGAAUGGCAGGAAAGACUAUCCAUUGUUCAAAGAGUCCGUGCAGUUAUUCUCUUGAAGGAUCAUUUAAAAAGGAAUGCGUAUGAAGUUUGCUCCUUCAUAUAAGUAAUUAUUCUAUAUAGGACCAUUAUGCUUGGAUCAUUAAAUACCUAUAUGAAUAUGAGAUGUGAAGCACGUCAAGUUGGAAUUAGGUACAGCUGUUGCUCCUUAGCAGGCUGUGAAGUUGCAAUGCUUCACGUCUCUUCACUAUUUAAAGCGCUAUUUCCUGCAUUCAUUUCUUUCACAGUAAAGCUUUGGAUAUUUUUUCCCUGACACUACUUUCCUCCUACGUUUUUAAAAAAUGGAUAAAACACAGACAAUCAUGAGGAUUUUUUUUUCUUUUAGCCCCUAGGAUUAGCAAAGGAAUUUUUAUUUAUCGCUGUGACUUUUAUCACCCAUAUUGAUAGAUCGAAUGCUAAAAUUUCUACUUAUACCUUUAAGAAAACACCCAUGUAUGUUGCAAUAUAAAAAAAAAACUUAAAUUGGAAAUAUAUAUUAUGCACGCUCACAUUAUACUUCACGUGCAUACCCUUGUAUCUCUUUGUACCUACGAUGUCAGGGUAUUCAUAAACCAAAUUUAAUCAAGACUUCUAUAAUAAUUAUAAAAUUUUCAUGCAAUUCUAAAAAUUUUGUGGGUGGCCUGUUUUAAGCAAUGCCUUUUUGUUUUGUUUGUUUUUUUGGUUUUUUUUUUUUAGUUGAAUGGGUAGACUGUAACACAAAUGAACAAUUUUAAUGUUAAGUGCUGUCCAGACAUGAAAAUCUGUAAUCAUUGUUUCAAGAUGACUUUACACCUGUAGAGUAGUGUGCUCAGUCUGUGGGUUACAACCCCUUUGGAGGCUGCCUAUCAGAUUCCCUGCAUAUCAGAUAUUUAUGUUACCAUUCACAACAGUAGCAAAAUUACAAUUAUGAAGCAUAAACAAAAUAGAUUUAUGGUUGGGGUCACCACAACAUGAAGGACUUUAUUAAAGUGUUACAACAUUAGGAAGGCUGAGAAGCACUGCUAUAGAAUAUAAGGCCUUAAGUAAUAAUAUAAUAGACACUGAAAUGGUUUGCUCUUCCCAAUAGUUCUUCUUUUAGAUUAGUCAUUCAUAUUUUAUCAUAGUAAGGAGAUGAAUUCUAUCUUAAGGUGAAUUUACAGGACAAACUUCUUGUCUUUGGUGAUACUCAUUAUAUGAGAUUAUAUUAUAUGAGAUGAAUACUCAAAAUUAUAAACAGGAAAAUAGGUUUAGUUGGAAGCAUACUGAGAAAGAAAUGAACAUAGAGUAGAGCAGUGAUUUUGGCUACUAUAAUUAUAGGUAAAGGUAUGAAAUAAAGGUACAUUUUUACUUUAGUGGAAAUAACUGUCAAGAUUCAUACAGAAUUUAUUUCAGCAAUUUCAUUGAAUAAUUUUAAUACAUAAAGCCCUAUGCUAUUCUAUGGAGGUCCUUCGAUGCACUGCAUAUUUGGAUCCCUGUAUAUAGCAAAAUAAUAUAUUUUUAACUGGCUUGAAGUAUGAGAAGUAUUAGAGAGAGGGAGCCUAUUGGUCAUCUUUCAUGGAAAUUUCUUUCAGGGAAACUUCAACUGAAAACGAUGUGAUAUUUAUAUUUACUAAUAACUAUAAAAAUACACGUCAUCUCAUAUAUCUCUCAAGUAUGAAUUUAUAAGAAAAUAAAAAUAUUUAAAAUGGCUUAACAUUUAAUACCUAGUGGUUUGCUUAAGUUUCUUUAUGUGCACAAUUAUUUCUCAAUCUUGUAAUUGCAUGCUUCUCUCAAGUCUCCUUGAAAGUGAGUCAUUGGCUUUAGUUGACCCAAUGUAAACAUCCUGAAGUAGAAUGUAGGUUAAAUAUUUGCUUUUUGAGAAGCAUACAAGUGGAAUUUCUUUAAGCAGCCCUUAGAAAUUAUCUCUAAAAUUGUUGCUCUCACAUUCUGUUGUCAGGACUAAGUUAAGUUGCCGUUAAAGUUAGCAUUCCACCAGUUCUUUAUGGCUUAGAGCUUUUUUUAUUCUAUGUUUUAAGAGUUCUAGUCAAUAUAGCUUAUCUUUUUAAUGAAAAGGGCACUAUUAUUUUAUGAGCACAGGUGCCUGAACGAGAAUUCUUCCCUUAAAUGAUCAAUGUAACUUCCUUUACCUCUUCUAUUUGAUUUCUGGUAACAUUAACUCACCAAAGGUUCUCGUGCAUUUGUAAUAAAGCAGGAACAAGCUUCAAAGGAUUUUAAACACCCGUUGGUUGUGUCUUUCUUUGAUGGAAAGAAGAAACACUGGAUAGAACUGGCUUUUCAAGCAUUACUUAUAGGACUUGAAACAAAGUCACAGAGGCAUUUGAUAGGACUGCUAAAGGAGGAGGUUGAACUUGUCAGCCUCUUUUGGUCACAUCUCUACACUGAGUAAGCAGAUAGAGUGGUAGGAUGAACUUGUUGCCUCUGCCGAGGAUGACUCCGCUAUGGGCCAUCUUGGUAAAGGCCAUGUUUUUUAAGGCAUACCUGCCAGUUUCUUGUCUCACCACACAUUGACUAUGAACAUAAUGAAGGCUUAGUAGGGUAAUACAGCAACAAUAAUCUUUACAUAUGCCAUUCUUAUUUUAAAUAAGAAAUACGAUUUAAUCAUUGUCAUCUUCUAUCUUUCUGGGGUUCACACUCUUAGACACAAGCCUCUAAAAGAUAAUUGAGAAGUUUAGCAAUGUUAAGGAGUACAAAACAACUGCCUUUUAAAGAUUUCUGACUUCUGUGAGCUAUCAAUAUCACAAUAAAAUUCUCAAUCAGAAUAAGAUGACUAGGUGGUUUAUAUCCACUCUUCAACAUUUAACAAUGUUGGCUUAUAUUUACUUGAGGAGCUCUAAUAUGUGGAUAGUAAUUUUUUCAACAACUAUCUAUAUUAAAAUAUUUGUCACUAUUUUGUCAAACAGGACAUUCUUAUACCUCAUCUUAAACCAGUAUUCUGGUUAAGCAAAAAACAUUUUACCAGACCAGACCAAAUAUGAGGAAAUAAAUACUUUAUCUCUAUCCAGUGCUAGUCAUAGAGCUUUUAAAAUGUUUUGUUUUACAGCGAUGAAUGUUAUUUCAUGUGCAAGGCCUGUUUCCUUUAGUACAAUCCCUUUUAUAUAUAAAGAAAGUAAAAAGCCAACAAAUAAAAGAGAAGUAGUGACAAUAUAGAAGGUGAAUCUACUUAUCGGCUUUAUGAUAGCAGGCUUUUCUUUUACGUGUCCAUUGAUUCUGGAAACUGGAAUUCCCAAUAAGGACCACCUUUUGGUGUUAACCUGUCUUAACUAGUCCCUUGCCAGGCACCUCCUCAGUUGUGUAUCUCUGAAGAGAUCAGCUAAAAGGGUUACUGUUAUUCAUUUGAUUAACCAUGGUUGCUUUUGUAUAUUUCUUUGGAAAUUUCAUAAUAAAAAUCUUGUCAGAACAACUUAAUUUCCAUCAUUUGAAACAUAUUUGAUCAACAAUAUACUGUUUCUACUACAGGACUCAAACUUUAAAAUUAUAAAUUGGAUUUUAAUGAAGCUUCCAGCCUAGCUUGGAAUGUGCAUGUACUUUGAAAUAAAUUGUUCUAUUGUGGUUUGCUAAAACCUUAUUAAACAAACAACUAUUUUAAAAGUUCAAGAUUUUCAUUUUAUACCAUUUGAAUAUGUGGCAAAUUAUACAUAGGACAUUGUUUUUUUUUAAAAAUUACACAGUACAUUGUGCAACGCAUUAAUAAAAUUUUACCCAUGUCACUUUCUACUAUAUGCAAUGCUUAUAAAUUGCCAGAAAAUAAAGUAAGAUGUCAAUAACAGUAAAGAA